CGCAGCUGAGGAGGAACACAGCACUCAGGGAACAAGACAAGGAAGCUGACAAAAUAAGAGCACUAGACAGGAACUAAGGACAGUAAAUACUAAACACAGAGGAAACAUACAAAUUCAGAGGGAAAAACUAAAACAUAGACAAACUGUCAGGGGAAAGCCUGACAGUGGGGCCGUUAAAAAAUAACCUGCGGGCCACACUUUGGACACCCCUGGUUUACCGUGACACGGCCUGAAAAUAUGGAGAUAUUAAUAAAAGGCCGUAUCGCCCAGCCUUAGAAGAGACCACCAGCUUGUUUACAUCACGUUGGCAAUGGAAUGUUGACAAGAUAAGUCCGGCUCAUGAUCAUGAUGGCGUCUCUGCAGAUAGCGUCAUCUGCCUUCUGCGUAUCUUUUUGGCACAUCGCUGCUACUAGACGAGCAUGGUAACAAGGACCUGGGCUGACUCACUCGCUCACCAGGGGGUCAUUUGCGGGAAGUUAGUAUGUGGGGAAAUAACAUUCCCAGAGAGGCUGACCUCAAUUUAUUCCACAGGCGGCUUGUACCUCAAGCAAAUAAGUUUGUUUGUUUGUCAGCGAGGUUACAUACACAAAUCAUUAUGCAGAUUGUAUAUCAUCUUACAUCUUAAAGCAGUGUUUUUCAACCUUUUUUUGAGCCAAGGCACAUUUUUCGCGUUGAAAAAAAUGCGGAGGCACACCAGCAGCAGAACUCAUUAAAAAAACAGAACUCAGUUGUCGCAAUUGUUGGAUAUGACUUUAAAGCAUCACUAUAGCUCUUGUCUCAAAGUAAGUGUACUGUCACCACCUGUCACAUAUAUUGUGAAAGUCCAGUCCUUAGUGGAUCUAACAUAAUAGUGUGAGAGUCCAGUCCAUAGUGGAUCUAACAUAAUUGUGAGAGUCCAGUCUGUAGUGCAUCUAACAUAGUAGUGUGAGAGUCCAGUCCAUAGUGGAUCUAACAUAAAAGUGAGAGUCCAGUCCAUAGUGGAUCUAACAUAAUAGUGAGAGAGUCUAGUCCAUAGUGGAUCUAACAUAACAAACAAUAUAACAAAAGUGGGCAAUAUAGCAAGAUGGCGGCGCCCGGACGGGCUGCGACACUGCGGUGCUCUUGCUAAAGAUGGAACAUUUGGCGGAAAUGCCGGACAGUUCUGCAGACUUCAUGGCUGGCUCGCAUCGUGGUCACUCCGUGAUCACGUACGACUGCCAGACACUUCUGGAUAUGGACAUAUCGGGCCGUUUUGGACUGAUAGACGCGUGCGUGUUAACUAGCAUGGGAAUACGUCGGCGGCUACAUCCAGCGGCCUGUGAAGCAGCGGAGUCUAGUAGCAGCGGGGGCCGUCUACGGAGCAGACGCCAGCGGUGUGAUCGGAUGUUGAGCGGGGCUAAAACAAAGCAGAAGGCUAAUCCCCACAGAACACCACUUCCCUCCACCCUGAAGACGGAUUUAAAUAAAGGAUGCGAGACUACUGGUCUGGCGAGCAGCAUUUCACGCAAAUGGAGACCGAAGAGGAUGCACCGCCACCCGCAAUCGACCAGGUCGCUGUGUGCGAGCACUGCUAUCAGUGGCGGCGGCCCGACAACCACCGCGUGAGGCUGCGACCCAAGCGGCAGCCGUCCGUGAGGCUGCAGAGGGUCCUACGCAGGAGAGCCAGGGGGAAAACACUCAGCGUGGCGCACAGACGUCUGCUCAACCGCUUUCACAAGUCGGCCUCGGUGCUGAUGGCCACCUGUCACACUUGCAACAGGACGUCCAGGCACAGAGGACUGAACCGAGAGUUCUUACCCACCUCGGCUAAAAGGGACAGCGCUCCAGGGAGUGCGGGCAAACGCGACAAGACCCCGCAAUCGGCCCACAGAGCCCCCGCGACCACGCCCAAGACCCCCAGCCACACCCCCAGGUCUUCUCACUCCAGCACUCCUGGAUCAGCCUCCUCCUCCUCCAAGACCUCCAGGGCCAAAACCUGGGUGGUCCAGCGUCUCAGCAAGAUCCUCAGUCAGGAGGACAAGCCCAGCAGCAAGAAGGGGAGCUUGAAGGACUUCCUCUCCUCGCUUUGAGUCGCAUCUUUGACAUCUUUUGCCCCCCAAAAAACACCCAACCUACUUUAAGGUUGUCGAGCCAGUGUGGGAGGGGCUUCAGUGCGCCCACCUGCGCCCCCUUCAGGUGUGCGAUGUCACGCCAUCCUGCGCCGAGCAAGUGUCGCAUUUCCUACGGGGGGGGGGAUUUUUGCUCCACUCUGGAAUAUUUGAGGAAUUGUUGAGUAUUCAUCUUUGCCACUGUCAAGAGUUACUGUCAAUUCCGGACUGUAAGCCGCUACGUUUUUCCUACGCUUUGGGCCCCGCGGCUUGUAAAAUGGUGCUGCUAAUUUACGGAUUUUUAUUAAUGUUAUCUGUUUAAGGUUUUCUUUAAACGCAAGCAGAGACUCUAAAAGAAAAUGUUCUUUUCACUGCAGGUGAAAAUGUACUUCCUGUUUUAAUGCUUUGAACCGGAAGUAAAAAAAAAUCAUUGGAUUGAUUCUCGCCAUUUUAAGCAACGUUAGCACGUUUUACAAUAUAACUAAAACUAGUCUUACGUACUAAACAGUCCCCACGUGUGUGAUGUCUGUCGGAGUGUUUUCAUGCAUAUUUGUACGCGCCACCGUGAUGUACUCAAACUAGCGUCGUUUGCAUUAGCUAAUAUGCUAAGACAUUUACGAGCAUCUGUGUUAGUAUUCUUUUUGUUUUGUUUGAUUUAUUUGAUUGUUACAGACGUCGUUUGGAAACAAAUAAGAUAUAUAAACAUUUACCAAAUAUUUGUGUGUAAAUAACUAAUUUCACUAUGUGUAUAUCUGCCGUACUUGCCAACCUUGAGACCUCCGAUUUGGGUAGGUGGGGGUUUGGAGGCAUGGUUAAGAGGGGAGGAGUAUAUAUGAAAUACUUGAAGUCAAGUAUUUCAUAUAUAUAUGUAUAUAUGAAAUACUUGACUUUCUGUGAAUUCUAGCUAUAUAUAUAUAUAUAAAUAAAAUAAAUACUUGAAUUUCAGUGUUCAUUUAUUUACACAUACACACACACAACACCCAUCUACUAAUUGUUGAGUUAAGGGUUGAAUUGUCCAUCUUUGGUCUAUUCUUUGUCACUAUUUUCCUAACCAUAUGCAUAUACGGUAGAAGGCAGUAUUGUCCUGUUUAAGAGUGUCACAACAUUGCUGUUUACGGCAGACGAACUGCUUUACGGUAGACGAAAAAGUGACUGCUGUUGUUGUGUGUUGUUACCGCGCUGGGAGGACGUUAAUGAGACCGCCUAACAAUAAACCCACAUAAGAAACCAAUAACUCGCCCUCCAUCAUUCUACAGUUAUAAUGUCAUUGGGCAGGCUCACUGUUUAUAUUGUGGGAAAGCGGACGUGAAAACAGGCUGGAGGGGGCGUGGCCUCCAGCUCCGCGUGAAUUUCGGGAGAAAAUUUGUCCCGGGAGGUUUUCGGGAGAGGCGCUGAAUUUUGGGAGUUUCCCGGAAAAUCCGGGAGGGUUGGCAAGUAUGACAUCUGCGCCUUAUAGUCUGGUGCGGCUAAUACAUGGAGAAAUAUUUUUUUUCUUUUAAAAUUUAGUGGGUGUGGCUUAUAUACCGGUGUAGUCUAUAGUUCGGAAAAUACGGUAUUUCCUUAGUGUUAGUUCACACAAUAAAAAUGUCGCGAGAGUAGUCACUAUGCAUUGUUAACCGCCUAGUGCUAGCAGUUUUUUACUGUUGUGAGCUGGUCAAUAUGCAAAGAUAACUUUUGCAUUUCUUUCUUUUACAUUUACGUUAGUGUCUUUUUGCUUUUAUUUGACAUAAAAACAUGGAAAUAAGAGUCACUGCCAUAACAUGAGGUAUUUUUUUUUAGCUUUUUUGCUGCAACACAUUAAUCAUUUCUGUCAUCUUUUAUUUUGUUCGUUUUUCCAUUGUAAAUGAGACAUUUCCUAAAUAUUUAUUGAAAGAUAUUACAUAGCGGAGGGCUUAUUUCAUUGUAACACAUCGGGUAUUAUUGCAGUGUCGGCACUCUAUUCUGAGAAGUUGGCAUUUAUUUUUCAAAAUAAGCUCUGUUUUUGUUGGGUUUUGCCAUAAUUAUUGCAUCAACAUUUGAAUGAUUUCCAAUGAUGACGUUUGUCAUUUGUCUACCUGAUUUUUUUAAGUGUUUUUUGGUAAUUAAUAGAUGACAAUCCAAAUACUUUUUCUGCUUUUUCUACUGUCUUCAUCAUAUUAUAGUGAUGUAUUAUGCUUGAAUUUAAUACCUCAAUUUUUUACUUCUUCUUCGAUGUGACUCUGAAAUAAACAAUUUCAUACAGCAAA